CAUGGGUACGACUUUAAGACUUAACAUACACAAGAUUAACAAAUACCAAACACAAUACUAAACACAAAAGAAAAAAAACAAUCCAACUGACACACCUACAUAAUUUGAUUGAGUGAAAAGUAAAAAAAAAUCACCAAAACCGAACAUGAAUGCACGAUCGCAAGUGUUUGAAUUGGCAAUGGAAGGUCACCAAGUCGAUGAGGCGCUGGCUUCGAUUUUCCACACGAUUUUGUUCCAUCGAAGCCUCGGCAAGUUUGUAUAUAAUGGCGAAACCACUUAUUCCGUUGGUUCAGUUGGAUUUACUGAUGUAGAUUGCAAUUUCUUUGACAUGACUUAUGUGUGCUGCACAUCCGAACAGCUCGAUCACACGCUCAAACGUGAAAUUCGAGCAUUUAGCGAACAAUUGCGUAGCAAUGACAGCCUCGGCACCGGCCAAAUAACGCUUGAAUUUUUUGAAAAGAAAAAACGAUGGGUACGAACACCGGAAUCGGUGCCAUGGGAAAUUUGGACCGUUCAUUUUGAAUUGCUACAUCUAACCGAUCCCGACGAACGGAUGUUCCAACGUGAACGCGUCAGUGAGGUAUUGACCGAAAAAAUUCUCUAUAUCACCGAUGUGAUGAACAAGCAAGAUUAUCUGCCGAAAAUGCCUAGCCAAUCGGAUAUUGAUUUUGUGUUUGACACAUCAUAUGCCGACGUGCAACCAUACUUAUUCAAAUGUAAAUACAACACAGCCGGACCAAGUGAAUCGUCCGUUGGCCACUCAAUGAAAAAAUUCAUCAAAGAAACCCUCUCACUUUGACUAUUAGCAAUUCGAAUUGUGCUACAAUCCUUCCUCAUGUUUUAGACUCACACACACACAACUAAUUUUUCGUUUUUUCUCUUUUUUUUGAAAAUUAAAUCAUCAUUAUUGUCGUCAACUGUGAACUUUUUUCAAAUUUUAUCGAGCAUCAUUAUUAUACUCGAUUUUUUUUUUAAUUUUUAAAAUCAAUUGACUCUUUUCAAAACUAAUUGGAACCCACUAUUUCGUUUUGAUAAACUGCAUAAAUUUAUGUUCUCAUAUCGAUUAGAUUUGGUAUUUGUAAGUGAUAAAAAAACAGCAGAAAAAAAAAUCAUACAAAAAAUAUCAGAUGUUCUCCGUAGAAAUUAGAUUAAUGCAAUUGAAAAGGAACAUAAUGUGCAGAAAGAGAAAAGAACGAGUUUGUUCUGCGGGCAUCUCGCAUGAUUCGUUCAACUUGUUCACUUCAUGCAAUCCAAUCAAAUCAAAGCCAAAUUCCAAAGACAUUUUUGGCGGCCUGAUUAAAAAAAAAUCUACCCACAAAAUUAGCGCUUAGACAUGAACAGAUAAACAAACCUUUAAGUAGAUUUACUUCGAUUUAAUGUGAUUUAAAAAAUGCAGAAAAAAAACAACAAAAAACAGAUGCAAACAAAAAUUGUCUAGAGUUAUGAACUAAUUGUGAAAUAUUCGUGUAAAUUGCUGUUCAUAAUGCGGAUUUAAAAAAUAAUGUAUUAAUUUUAGAAACAAAUUGGAAAGAAAUUACCAGCUGGCAUAAUAGCCGUAUCGAAUUGAAAGUUGAACUUUUGAGGCAGAGACAAAGCGAAAAAGAGUGAGAUUAUAUGGGGAGAAAAGUGAAAUACGAGAUCAGGCCAUUCGUCGCCAGGAACUUGAAUUUGAGCGAAAAUUACUUGAAUCGUUAUGAAAAUUGUGUUAUAGUUUAUUUUUUAUUUACAUUCUUCAGUUGAACUCGAUUCGUUGGUGAAAGAGUGUUUCGAGUCGAAAACUUUCGGCGAAUUGGCGGCUGAAGAUGCUCUAUUGCAAUUGUGUUUACUAAUUUAUGUGUUAAAGCUGGUGAUAGAAAGAAAGCAAGCAAUUUUCAAUUUUAUCGAGUUUCCAUCAAUUUGUUGCAUAUUAAACACCUUUUUCAUUUUGUCAUACUGAACAUAUUUGGUUUCUUCGACUGACGAAAUGUUGAAGACGAAAUUUUGAAGUCGAAAAGAAAAAAAGGGGAAGAAAGAAAGAGAAAAAUAAGAACAAUUGAUCGAACAUACGAUCGUAUACAAAUUAUUAGAACAUUUUGUGAUCUGAAUAAAAACGAGCUUUGAAAUGAACCAUAUGCGAUUUCAGAAAAAGAAGAAGAAGAAGUUCAUCUUUCAAUUUGAUAUGGUUAUUAGUCAGAAACACUUGAACAACUUGCUAUUGAUGAAAGUGAUCUGGGUAAAAAAAAAACGAAGCAAAAUAGAUGUGACACAAGAAAAAGAUAAAAACAAAUGAAAAAAAAACACACAAUAUUACAGUAAUAUAAAUAACAACAACAGCAAAACAUAGUACCAUAAACAUAGGUUUAAUUUAUGCAACAGACAUAAGAACAGAAGAAUAUAACCGCAACAAUAACGAAUUGUACAAGAAAACGAUGAUGCAAAACAAGUGAAUAAACAAACAAAAAAUGUUUUAUAUUUAUUUUAAUGAAGUAAUCGAGAAAUGAUUCAAAAUGAAUUAAAAUUUUCUAUUUAACAAAAAUCAAAUGA